UCCAACACUAUCACUUAGCUGUUAAUAAAAAAAAAAAUCCUCCAAAAGACAAAACAUACCUCAAAAACCAAAAAUGUUUCCUACACCUCAACAACUAUGGGAUUCACCACAAGCAAAAUAAUCCUCCCUCUUGUUUUCAUUCUUGUCAUCAUCUCCCUCCUUAGAGUACUUAAACUCACCAUUAUUUCUUCAUCCUUUUCAUCUUCAAACGUUCAACCGGUUUUCCUGUUAAAUACAAAACGACAAGGACUCCCGGAAAAGGAGAUUCGGUUUUUGUUCGAUAUAGUUCUUGAAAAAUCUCCGUGCAACAUUCUUGUUUUCGGGUUUGAACAUGACUACCUCAAGUUACACGUCAUUAACGAAGGCGGUACCAUGGUUUUUCUAGAAAAUAGUCCUGAAAAGGUGAAGAAGAUGAAGAGGGAGUUUAAAUUAUAUAAUGCCACACGGGUUUAUAAAGUUGAGUACAAAACUUAUGCUAAGGACGCGUAUGAGUUGUUAAAGCACGCGAGAUCAAGCUCAAGCUGUGAUCUGAGUUUGGGGAUGGGAAAUGUUAUGUCGGAAUGUAAACUUGUAUUGACCGGGCUGCCCGAGGAAGUGAUGCAGACGAAAUGGGAUGUGAUCGUUGUGGAUGGACCUUGUGGGGAUGGACCCAUGUCACCGGGUAGAAUGGGUUCUAUUUUUAUGGCUGGUAUGCUGGCUAGAGUUGGAAAUGGGACCAAUGUGGUGGUUCAUGAUGCCGAUCGAAUGAUCGAGAGGUGGUUUUCUUGGGAGUUUUUAUGCGACGAGAAUCGGGUUUCUUCAAAAGGGAGAUUUUGGAAUUUUAGGAUUCCUCAAGUGAUGAUUAAAAACACUACUAGCCAUUUUUGCUCUGCAUAGAUUAGUUGCAUGGUUUCUUUUAUUUCAAUUCUGGUAAAUUGAAUCCUGUAAGGCUAUUUCAUAAGUUUUAAAUCUUUAGAAUGGCAAUAUUCGGACCAACAAGGGCUUUACCGCCAUCACA